CUCCGAAGCCCUGACGCCCCGUGUUGGGGUGGGACAGGCUUCCGUCAGCGCAGGCUGGACUCUGGGCUAGCCUCAGGCACACGGCGUUUUCUUCUGUUUCAGGUAAAGAUGUCGGUUCCAGGACCUUACCAGGCGGCUGCUGGGCCUUCCUCAGUGCCAACUGCUCCUCCGUCCUAUGAAGAAACGGUGGCCGUUAACAGUUACUGCCCCACCCCGCCAGCCCCGGUGCCUGGGCCAGCCACCGGGCUGGUGACAGGCCCGGACGGGAAAGGGGUGAAUCCGCCUUCGUACUACACCCAGCCCGUGCCUGUCCCCAACGCCAAUGCAAUUGCUGUGCAGACCGUCUACGUGCAGCAGCCCGUCUCCUUUUUCGACCGCCCUGUCCAGAUGUGCUGUCCUUCCUGCAGUAAGAUGAUCGUGACUCAGCUGUCCUACAACGCCGGCGCCCUCACCUGGCUCUCCUGUGGGAGCCUGUGCCUGCUGGGGUGUGUGGCCGGCUGCUGCUUCAUCCCCUUCUGCGUGGACGCCCUGCAGGAUGUGGAUCACUACUGUCCCAACUGCAGAGCCCUCCUGGGCACCUACAAGCGUUUGUAGGACUUGGCCAGACCUGAGGGAGCCGAGAGCUGCAGGAAGUCCUUUGUGACUCCCACUCAGCCCACCCUUGCUGGAGGUCCUGCCCUGGGGGUCUCAGCUCACUGUGGGGUUCACUUUCGUGUCUUCUUUUGGGGGGAAAUAGCGCAAAAGUCUCACACCUCCAAACCCCAGAAAUUGCUGCUUGGAGUCGUACACAGGACAUGCAAAGACACUGACCUUGAGUGUUGGUUCAGGGGCGUCCCGCCUCCCUGUGACCCUAUGCCAUCCCAUCGUCUGACUGUGAUUGUUGCCCAGUGAAGAUCUUCCAAUGAUUUGCUGUUGGCCGGCUCCUUCCCUGCCUCAGUGGGCCUUUCAGGUGGUGGUCUCAAAAUGAGAAGCCUCGGGUUGCCUUAGUUUGAGACUGAACGGCUGAAUCGGCCUCCGGUGCCUGUUAUCUUACCCGUCUGUCUCCACCCCUCGUGACAAAAAUCUUGCCUUCUAGUCUUCAGGGGUUCGGCUCUUAGGUUCUGUCAUUGAUGACUUCAUUAGCACACAAGCUCACUUUAAUUUCUUAAUUUUUUUUUUAAGUACCAGAGGGGCUGCUAACACCCACCUGACGCCCGUCCAUGAGGCCGUAACACACUAGGAAGGGGGCUGGUCUCCCUGUUGGUCUGCCCCUCUGCCGGUUCUCAUGCCAGCUCUCCUGCACCACCUUACAUGAAGGGAUGCUUUCUCUCAAACAGUAAUUAACCGUUCUUAUGCCCCGCUUUUGGUCUCGUGCACCUCUGAGCGGAACAUGGAAAGGAGGGAUUUAUAGAACCAUUUUCGGUAGCUAUUUUUGGACAUGAUUGGUAUCAUUUGUCCAUUUGCAAUGCACUCUCCCUUUUGUGUUUAGCGGAAACAGACGUGGAUCAUUUCACCCACUGCCUUUACUUGGUUUGGCGUGGUUCUUAGAGACCUCCAUCAUGGUAACAGAACGCAAAGUGGGGCCCCCUCUGGGUUCUCGGCCGUGUGUUUGGAAAGAUGAGCCUGUCCCAGUACCACGGUGCUGAGAAGCUUGGGAACCGCAAGUGCCUCAAAGGAAUCUCAAGUCUGGUUUUGUUUUUUGGAGAAACAACUUAUUGUAUGACAUCGGAAGACAGGAUUCUAAGACUCAAGCAGCAAGCCAGAGUGCCAGGGCGGCUGCUGCACCAUCUCUGAAAUCGACACAAAACUGGGCCCAACUUUCAGUAGGAAAGAAUGAUCCUUCUGGAUCAUAGUCAGCACAGGGUGUGCGUGUGAAUAAUACUACACAGAAACCAGACCUAGACCUGCAAGGGAAUCUGUAUAUUGGUUGAAAAUGAUUGUUGUAACCAAUGAUUGAGCUUAUUCCUGUGAUGUCUGGAAAAUUCCCAUAAUUAUUUUUGCAAUGAAUGUGGAUGCCACGUAGUACUUCAGUGUUAUCUGCUUUUGACAAAUAAAGUCUUCGGUUCACUCGUUGAACUAUU